CGACUACACUCCUAAAUACGGAGAUAUUUAUCCAAGGAGCCUACUCUAUCUCACCCUACCCAUCGAUUUUAUUCGUCCUCUUCAUCUGUCUUCCCCAUGCCUUUUAGGUUAAAGGUAAUAUAAGUUAAGCCACGUGGGGAUCGAGCCCUCUCUGCACGGCUCGCCAUGGUUGUGGCGCUUACAAGAGUCUUAUCGUACGAAACAACUCGACCAACUAUCUGUCCUUUCUUAGAACUUCACAUCCAUUUCUUACCUAUUAAAGUCUCUCGCUAGGUAGCUUUCCGGCCGGGGCCUGGGUGAACUUAUCAACCCCAAUGGCUUCUUCCUCUUACUUGUUGAGAUCAAAUGCGCCUUCACUAUGGCUUGCUGUUCGACUACGUCGACUAAUGAGACGUAUGAAUUACAGCUUCUUAGAACAUCGACUAGAUCAAGUCAGUUCUCAUGGCCGUCACUGAUACCGCCGAUUGAACAGCCGACAGAAUUCUCCCCGUUGACAUUUUUACCUUGGGAAAUCCAACUCCUAAUCAUAUCCUACCUGGACGUUCGGGCUGCACUCCAACUUCGGCGAACAUGUCGACUCUAUUUCCAUCAUCUUACGGUAGAUGUGGUUGAACGCCUUUUCACGGAGAAUCGGUAUAUCACCUUCGAUCUGCUGAAUUGUUGUAUCGAUUGUCUCACCAUGUCCCAUGAUGGCUACUUGGUCCAGGACGAGUUCUUCAGGCCGGGCACUUGGAGAUCGAUGUGUUUUCGCUGCUGGCGAUUGAAGCGAAGCCCAGACUACUUUGACAGACCCAAUCAUCACAUUACCUUCGUGAAUGGGCGGGAGGGCUACGCUUGUACUUUAUGUGGCUGGCCUAUCCGACACGAUAAGAGGCAUCUGUCUUGUAUCAGAACUUCAGCCCUCAUGAACUGCAUGUGGUGGAUUAUCAGCGCCGGUCACUUUUUAUACGUGCUUGUGAUUACGACGAUGGUCUGGUUGGAUUAUGCCAAUGUCACUCUGGUUAUUAUACCGGCUGUACUCAAUUUUCUCCUGUCUUUCGUAUCCCUCGCCCUCCUGACGUUGGACUUCGUCCAGCACUCAAACACGACUCGCAUACGACUUCCCCUAGAGCUCGUAUCGACCGUCAUCUGGACGCCGCCGGUAUUCUACACCUCGCGCGAGGUAUUUCAAGGAAAAACACGAUGGGAUUCUUACCCUGUUUACCUCUGGACGCUCUUCGUAGCAAAACUGUUGGGUCACACUCUGAAUCUUACGGGCCUCCUUCUCACCAGUGCCGAGUACGAUCCCAGGAGCCCUUUUCUACCGGACUUGUCGGUGAAGCAGAAGGUAUUUCUUGUGACUUGCUCUUUCUUGGUUCAUUGGGCGCGUGUCAAAUAUCGUUAGAUCACAGUUUCGUACACCUGGAUGCCAAUUCCAACGGUGCUGGUCACGAUACGUGGUAGGUAAGGAGGAUAGGGGUCGGAAGGCCGUUUUAUUUAUAUACUAUUUGCGAACUUUCGCAUGUUUCUAGAGCUUAGUAGACAUUUUAAUAAAAUAAUCAAUUGUACAA